ACGAUGGCCAGAACAAAACAAACAGCUCGUAAAUCUACUGGUGGUAAGGCACCCAGGAAGCAGCUUGCUACCAAGGCAGCAAGGAAAAGUGCCCCUUCAACCGGAGGAGUCAAAAAGCCCCAUCGUUACAGGCCUGGUACUGUUGCUCUGAGAGAAAUUCGUCGUUACCAGAAGUCCACAGAGCUUCUUAUCAGAAAGCUACCCUUCCAAAGGCUGGUCAGAGAAAUCGCCCAAGACUUCAAGACUGAUCUCCGCUUCCAGAGUGCAGCCAUAGGAGCUUUACAGGUAAUAAUUUUUUUUAUAUUAAGUGGCAUGCCAGCUAAUUUGUAACAAAUGACUUUUUUUUAUCCAUUCUACAGCACAAAGCUUUCAUGUUAUUGUAGUGACCUGUAACUUUAGAAACCAUCCAUAAAUUACAUUAAGAACAUAGGGUUGGGGGGACUAGGCUAGGGAACUGUUAGACAAAUUAGUCCAUUACAUUCUUACAAUUUCUAAAUAACUGUCAGAAUAGCACCAAUGCUGAGUAAAUAUUACCAUCUGCUCAACAAAAAUGAAAAAAAGAACUGUGACCAUUUCGAGUGGUUGUCAAAAGAGGGAGAAAGGUGAUGGCAAAUUAACUGUAUUAUUUAAAUUGAUUUCCCUUUUUUUUUUUUUUAUUAUGGGGAAAACGCACAGGCCGCAUUAACACUAAACUUUGCUGUCAAGUAGCGAUCGCAAAAUGUUGUCUUGCAGCUCGCAAAUGGCUGCAAGUUUGGUACCCCAAGUUUAUAUUAUGAUUUUAUGAUUUGAAUCAUCUCAACACUCUUCACUUUAGGUCGGUGUCUGUGUAUAUUUUUAUCAACUGUGGACUAAUAUGUUAAAAUAUUUCUGUUACAGGAAGCCAGUGAAGCCUAUCUAGUGGGACUUUUUGAAGACACCAAUCUUUGUGCUAUUCAUGCCAAGCGAGUUACAAUUAUGCCCAAAGAUAUUCAGUUGGCCAGGAGGAUUCGUGGAGAGCGUGCCUAA